CGUGACAUUGUGCGGCGUGGUGUAGUUUGCUAGGCCUCUCUACUUUUAUUGUUGUCGAAGGUUUAGAAGAAAAAGAAAGGUCAGAAUGGCUGAUGAUGCAGCAAUGGAGGAGAAGUUGUUAGCUGGUGAUGAAGUGAAGAAGGAUACAGACACGAUGGAUACAACAGAGAAUGCAGAGUUAGUGGAAGUGAAGAAGGACGAUGCUGAAGAGGAGGAGGAAGAGAAAGGAGAAAAACAACCUGAGAAACGAGAAGAGGAAAACACUCUGUUGACAAAUGCCAUCAAAGGACCCAUCAGACUUUCAGUUGUCCUAAUUAAAGAUCUGAGUAAUCAUGACCUUCAUCAAGUCCUACACAGAUGUUCUAAAGCUACACUGGAAAUGGAGAGGAGAAGGGGUGUUCUAACAUUGUGGUUUGAUCCAUGGAGAUCAAUUGGAGCCCUGGCUAUUCUCAAGAAGCUUGCAAAAUUACAGUUGUCUGGAGAAGAUUUUAAAAUGGAGUGUCCAAAAGCUUUGGCUUCCAUGCUUGGUUCACAGAAGAUAAAGGAAAAGUAUCCUGAUGCCAAAUUUGGAAAUAAAAAUAAAACUCUGUAUGUACAUGACAUACCACAAGAAACUACUGAAGAGGUUUUAAGGGCCAUGUUCCCAGAUGUUUCUAGUGUCAACAUGCCCGUCGAUAAAGAGGGGAAGAAGCUGGGGGUAGCCAUUCUAGAUUUUAUAUCGGGGAAGGACUGUGCAGCAGCUUUGGAGAGAAAUCCAGCUGUUCUGAUUGGAGAAACAAACUGCACUGUGGAUUGGUACUUCCCAGCACCUGAAGAUGCGGAUGAACCCCAGGAAAAACACAAGAAGAACAAAGAACAGUCGGGAGGCUGGAGAAAGAGGAACCGCGGUGGUGGUGGUGGUGGUUAUGGUGGUGGAGGUUACCAUGACAGGGACAACAGAGGUGGUCGUCGUGACUACAGAGGCGGUCAAAUGGGAGGGGGAGGAUACGGACAGAAUUAUAUGAUGAAACAGGAAAAAAUGAACCAGAUGUUGAUGAAUCAAAUGCAGAACUUGGCAUCCAUGGUGGGAGGAGGUCCAGGAGGGCCUCAGGGAUAUGGGGGCAACCCGCCUAUGAGCCAGGGUGGAGGGUAUGGAGAUUAUGAUCAAGGUUUCGGAGAUAAUUUUGGAAGUUACCAGUCUGGUUACUAUGCAGAUGAUGACUAUUCAGCACCAAACAAAAGAAUGAGAGGCAAUAGAAAUAGACGAGGAAAUAUGUGGCAAGGCAUGCAAGUAUCAAGUCGUACGCUGUAUUGUCUGGUGUCUUCAAUUUUCCUUAUAAUCAACAAAAAUGUAGCCUCAAGAGAAAACGGAGGAUGGAGCACAGACUAUUUUUUAUUAGCUAAUCCAGGACCGUGUACAGUUGAAGUUAGAAAAGCUGAUUCAUUGUCUCAAGAAGAGUUUAUACAAAGAUAUGCCUACACAAAGCCAGUAAUUAUACAGCAUGCAACAGACAAUUCAAAAUUCUACAGAAUAUGUGAGAAAGAUUCCAUGUUGGAAAAAUAUGGAUCUAAAAAGAUAAGAUUAAGUUCUGCAAAUACACACUCCUAUGAUAAAAGGGAUGUCACUCUAAAGUAUUAUGUAGAAAAUGUGAUGAGGCCCCAGACACUGAAAAUGUUAGGAAACGAAACCUUUUACUGGUUUGGGGAUAACAAUUAUACAGAGUGGAGGGAGUUGUUCAAUCAGUACAAUCCACCCCCUUAUCAGUUACCUAGGAUGACAGGUGCAUACAGCUUUGGGGUGGCAGGAGCUGGUACUGGUGUACCCUUCCAUUUUCAUGGUCCAGGAUUUGGGGAAGUUAUUUUUGGCAGAAAAAGAUGGUUCCUUUACCCCCCAGAGAAGACCCCAUCCUUUCACCCAAACAGAACAACCUUACAAUGGCUGAUAGAGGACUAUCCAAAGCUUCACCCUGAAGACUAUCCAUUAGACUGUACAAUCAAUCAAGGAGAGAUAAUCUACUUCCCAGACCGAUGGUGGCAUGGUACCUUAAACAUUGACACAAGUGUUUUUAUAUCAACUUUUCUGGGUUAAUAAAAAUAUUUAUUUAUAUUUUAUGUAUAAA